AUGCCGCCGGCCCGCGCCCGGCCCCCGAGCCAGCCGCCGCCGUGGGAGCCGGCGUCGACGGAGCCGCGCGAGCCCUGGCGGGGCGCCGUGGCCUGCCUCGGCGUGGCCGUCUUCUUCGUCCUCACCAUCGGCGUGGUCUCGUGGCAGGCGGCGGAGGCGCCGCGGCGGGCCUGGCUGCUGCGGGGCCCCGCGGCCGGCCUGGCCUGGGAGCGCCGCGCCGGCGCCGUGCUGCUGCUGCGCCGCGGGGCCGGGCGCCCGCUGGCCGCCGUGGCCCUGGCCGCCGGGGCCGCCGCCGGGCUGCCGCUGCCCCCGGACCGCUGCCGCCCCGACGGCGGCCGCUUCUGCGGCGCCUGGGACGAGGCGGCCGAGCUGCACGUGGCCCUCGAGGAGGCCGCCGGAGCCGCCGAGUGCUACAGCCUCGCCUGGACCCCGCUGCAGCCCGGCGCCGCGCUGAAGGAUUGCUUCUCCAUGGCCAACGUCUCCUGGUACGGGGGUGCCGGCGUCCGCGCCCCGCGCUGGCCGCUCAACGCCGUGGACGCCGAGCCGCAGCCCUUCGUCAUCAGCGACUUCGGCCGAAACCCCGGCGGCUACGGGCCCGUGCUGGAGGGGUACUUCUUGGCGUCGACAGGCGCGACGGUGACGGUGGCCCCCGACGUGCCCCUCUUCCUCUCGGUGGAGAGCGACAGGCGCUUCUGCCUCGAGAGCCCCCCCGGCAGCCCCGCGCCGGCCCUGCGCUACCGGCUGUGCGCCAGCACCGACGUGGCUGCGGCCCAGCGGCACGCGGGCGCCCGCCUCGCCCUGGAGCCCCGCCGCCCGCCCGACACCGCCCUGCUGCGGUCGCCCAUCUGGCACUACCGCGGCCCUGGCGGCUCGGCCGCCAAGAUCAAGCGAGGCCUCCGGGCUUUCUGCAACCGCCUGCAGCGGCACCGCCUCAAGGAAGGGCUCCUGGCCCUGGGCGAGCGCUGCACGGCCGCCCUCGCCGACGCGGUAUGUCCCGGCGGCCCCGCGCGGCUUUCGCGGCAGGCGGGACCCUCGUUUUCCUCCCCGCUCCGCCUUUCCACCCCGCAGGACGGCCGGAGGCAGCGGCGCGGCGCCAAGCCGCCCUGGGAGCUCUCGGCCGUGAAGCCCAUGAAGCUGUCGGUGACGCUGUCGCCCUACGCCAGCGUGGCCUCGCCGCUCUUCCUGAGCUCCCUGCGGGACGGUGCCGCCGGCCGCUGGCUGAGCCUGCGCUCCCGCCCCGGCGCCUCGGUGCCGCUGCUGGCCCGCUGGAAAGGGCAGCUGGCCGCCCGCCUGGACGCCACCAGCGAGGCGGCGGCGAGCUGGUUGGUGGCGCGGGCCGGGCGCCUGCGGCGGGCGCUGGGCGCGGAGCACGCGGCGUUGGAGGGCGCCGAGGGCAACGCCUACCUGGAGCAGGGCCUGCGGCCGCCCGCCGGGCUGCAGGGCGACGGCUACGCCGCCGCGUUGGCCACCGUGGCCGCCACACUGGGCAAUGCCACCGUCGUCACCGCCGGCGCCAGGUCGAGCCACCUGCCGCUCUUCGUGCGGCUGAGCCCGCUGCGCCCCGACUGGAGCCACGGCGGCCUCAAGGGCCUCAUCCCGGCCGCGCUGCUCUCCAGCCUCCUGGGCUACAGCUUCUUCGUCCCCGACGCCGUAGGAGGGACCCUGGCCGACGAGCUGCCGCCGGACCAGGAGCUGUACGUGCGCUGGCUGCAGAUCGUGACGUUCCUGCCCGUGAUGUCCUUCAGCACGCCGCCGUGGGCCUGCUGCGACGCCUGGGUCCUGAAUCUCACCAGGCAAUGCAUCCAGCGGCACCAGGAUUUUGUCGCUCCGCUCAUCGUAAAAUACAGCCAGGACUGGGUGGCGUGGGGCUAUCCCAUCAUCCGGCCCGUGUGGUGGCUCAGCCCCACGGAUCCGGCUGCUUUCACGAUAGAGGACGAAUUCCUCAUCGGAGACGAGGUCCUGGUCGCCCCGAUAACCGAAAAAGGGCAGACGUGGAGGGACAUCUACCUGCCAGGAGAAGGGUGCCUGUGGAUGGACACCAACUCGGCCCAGGUGUUUGACGGAGGAACCGUGCUCAGGAAUUACUCCGCCAGCCUUGCAGAAGUGCCGGUUUUUGUAAAGACCUCCUAGAUCUGCACACUGUCAGUUUACCUCCUUCCCACGAGAGCAGCGCUGGCCAAACGCGCUCUCUUCCUCUAAAGACAAAUUCACCCCAUUUGCACUUUUCCAAGAACUUUGGGUUUUUUAUUUCCACAGAAACUGUUCAAAUCUUUUACUAUUUGCUAUUAUUCCAAAAUAGCAAAGAUACAGUAGGAGCUUUGGCACAAAUAUAGGUCCAUGCAGAACGGCAGCCCAUCUUUUUCCAGGCUUUUCCCAGGGAAACGUUUGUGUGCAUCUGUUCAAGUGGGCACAUUCAGCGUUUCCAGGUUCUUGGCACCCUGAUCAAAGAUGCUGCUCUGCCCUGACUGUGGAUUGCCCAAAAUCUGAGAUAAACGAACAUCAGAUUCUGCCAGGAUGGGGCUUCUGCUUUUAAAGAAAAGAAAAGAAAAGAAAAAGAUAUAUAUAUAUAUAGCAAAAUGUGUGACAGAUGUAGAUGUGUGAUAGCUCUAUCCACACGCAUGGACACUGCACGUACUGAACUCUAGCUGCUCUUCCGAUCCGAUUCUGUGUAUGAUCCACCAGGAGAGUCUUCGGUGGUGAGAGACCAACUUUCGGAGUUACGGGAUAACGGGAAAAGCGGGUAGACUCCAGGUCUACAGGAGGCCGAUUUCUGCUGAAUAAAAACAACUCAAUCAAGGCAAGAAGCAGGUCUAACAGAGCGCGACGUCGACAGACAGGAUGAUGGCCCACCUCGAAAAGAAAUACUCGAAGCGGACCAGUCCCAAGUGCCUGAAGAAGCUCACGCCAUGCUGGCUGGCAUCACCUACCUCUACAGCUUGCAACGCUUUGGCUUGGGAAAACCGCACCAUCCCCAUCUGAUUUGGUUACGUCAAGGGGAAAUGCCACAGUCGUGUUAGGUGAAAAAGCCAGAAAACGGACGGUAAAGGACAAAGCUCUGCAGCGGGGCAGCAGGUAACGCAGGUGAGGGGCCCCGUGCGAUGCUGUCAGGCUGCACGGGGAUGCAUGGCGCUGGGAAGCCGGACUGUCCCUACCCUGCAGCACCUCGGCCGUGCCUUUGGGAAUAGCCCCGAUGUGUUUAUUUUGGAAACCAGCAACGUUGCUAUCCAAAGCACACGGCCGCAAGGGCAGGCGCUUGGCUGCAGCGUCUGGCACCGGCAGAGCUGCCUGGCAGCCCGCUGCAAUCUCCGCACCCGGGAGGGCGCAGAAAUACAAUGAUUUUCUGCGGCGCUAGGCGCUCAGCAGGAUGUCUGUUCCCGGUGGCUGGCAAAUGUGGGAUGUGUUUAGAAGCUAGCGACAGCAAACACGGCUUCCAAGUGCGUCCCUGAGGCUUUACCCAGGGGGGCUGCUCUACGGGGGGAGGAAACUUUAACAGCAAUGUCGUGAAUCAUGCACUGUCUUCGCUUUCUGCAUCUCCCCUGCUUCAGCUUUGCCUCCGUCUGCAGCAGGGCUCACGGUGCCAGUCUGCCUGGGAGCAAGGGAGCAGAUUCACGGGCCAGGGGUAGUAUGUAGCUCUGCUGGAGACCGCUUGAUACCAGCAGCAGCUUGGCCGGGGGGAUUUUUUUCCUUGGAAAAAAGUUAGGUCGGAGUUUCUUAUGCUUUACGGAGAGCCUUCAGGGUGCCGUGGAGCAUGGGGGAUCCCAAGCACCGCAGGGGACAGGCAGGCUGGGAGCAGAGGGGAAGGGUGGCAGGUCACGUCAUGCUCCAGCGCGGGAGGACUUGCCCCAGCUCCUCCACCCUCGGCAUCCCCCUCUCAACACGGCGGUGGCCUCUCCACCACUGCGCUUUGGACAUGCCGUUCACGCUUCUGGUAGAAAUAAGCCUGAAGGCUCCGGGCUCAGUGCCCAUUGCUGUCUUGUGUUUUUUACACGCACAAAAGGGCCCGGCAUCCGCUGCCCUUGCAGACACCCACUCAGCCCAAGCAACCAUCUCUCCAAAAUCCGGUUCAGCCGCAACGGCGAACGAGCAGGAAGAAAGUUCAUGUUGCAUCUUGGCUGCUCUGAGAUCUGCACGGCAAACGCCAAAGUGCCUGAGCCAGGGCUUCUCACAGUUCGCUUGAUUUUGUGCUUUUUUCCGAUUGUUCCUUGUGGUGCAAGCGAAACCCUGUGUGGCCGCCCUUCCUCCGUCCGGCAGAAAGCAUCCCAACGGGCAAAGCAGAUGCUUGCUGGGCCGGGUAAGCACUUAGAGGGAUUUUUUUAAGUGCUCAGUAACCUGAGUUAUGGAUCCAGAUGGAUGUGCAGGAGUGUGGUCCAGUCUCGUGGGAGAGAGCAGCUGAGGCUGCUGUGGAAAGCCUGGGGAGGAAAAACCCCAAACGCCUCCUUAGAAGUCUCCUCCUUUAGCAGAGCUUUUCCUCGUGUGCCGCAACGUGGCUGCGGGUUUUAGUUUACAUCCAGGAUAUGUGCAUGGAAAUGGAAAUUUUAUAGCUGUUCUUCCUGCCUGCGGCCACAGUCCCCGGCUGCGCAGAGGGGUCCCGGCAGCGGAGGCGACCGCGGGAAAGGGUGCCGGUGCUCGUGUCGCUGACAGCUCUCCUUCGAUGCAUGGGUAGGUCUUGGCCUGUAACACCCUCGGACCUGCCCCUUACCCCGUCUUAACCUCCCCUUGCAGGUUUAUUCUUUCUUUCUUGCUGUUGACACAAAACUGCGGGGAUGGAAAGGCGAGGGCAGCUCUGGGAGAGGAGCCGCGUGGGAGCCAGGCACCGGGAGCAGCGGCUCUGGCUGCUCCUGUCUCCGAAACCCGGGGAGGGAGAGCGAGGGACGGACGUGCUUUUCCCAGCGCUGCCAAGGCGCUGAGCGGCGGCUGGCUGCUCUCUGCAGGCGUGGGGGUUUUUUUUUUUGCUCGGAGAACAACACGGCUCAAGCAGAGCUCCGACGCCGGGCCGGGUUCAGCGGCGUUAUUAUUGAAACAGAAAUGCUGAUCCUUGGGGCUGCUGCUCGCUGCCUCUCGCGUGCAGCGUUUGAGGCUUGCCUUGCCGUGCAAACCACGCUCCUCGGGGAAGUGAGGGCUCAGCUGAGGCUCAGCUUUGAUUCAGGUGCUUGACCUGAAGUGAAUUCAGAUGAUCUGGAUCUCAGUUUUGAGCAAAACCCCAAAUGCCUCUGGCUGCAGAGGAGAGGGAGUGUGCAUCUCCUCCCGGAGCGCUAACGGGAGAUUAAAUCACUCCUAAUCCCAGACCGUGCCAGCACUUCCCUCCAGAUCCUCCUCGAGGUCAAAUUUAUUACAGUAUCGGGGAAGGAAGGAGGCCGGCAGCAGCAGACAGCGGCUUUUUGCUAUUCUUGGCCUCCAGAAAAACCAUGAACUUGAACCCAGGUUUCGCGGCUGGCUGAACGUUGGAAAGGAGCAGCCUGUGCCAGCGCAGGGUGGAGGGACCUUCCCUUCCAGGCCAGCAAGUUGGGAGCACGUUCCUUCACCGGGGAGGAAGACCAGGGUCAGGCACGCUUCCCUCCUCUUCCUCCAAGCACGGUGGCCGUGUCCAGCAUCAGAUGCGCCAGCGCUGCUGCUUUGGAGCAGGAUUGCACUCCUCGAGCUCCGGCUUUGACAGGAUUUUCACCUUUUAAGUGAUGGUCCCGAAAGGCUGCCCAGGAAACUCCCCUUUGCUCGGCGGAGGCUCCCCGGAGCGAGGGGCUGUGCUUCGCUCCGGGACGCAGACGCGUGCGGGGCUGCCGCUGAGCGUGGCCCGAAGAGGCAACUCGCCGACCCCCCUGCACAUCCCAGCAGCUUGCGCUUAAGGCAAGUUUUAUCUUUAAAAAGAAAACAGAGAGACAACAUGUGAUGUAAAGCCCUCUGGCAGCCUGUUUUUUCUUUUUCCACCCCCAUGGCUUGUUGCCCUGUCUGUUAAUUGGAUAUGCCUCAUUUCUACCAUGAAUUUGCCUUAAUUUGGGCUGCUGCUGCUUUGCGUCAGCAGUGCGGGACGACGGGAACCGGGAGCCUGCUGCAGCGCGGCUCCUCCGUCACGACCCGCGCGGUCCCGGGGUUACAGCGGGCAUCUAACGCCAGUGCCGGCUACCAGCGUAUCGCGAAUACGUUUUAUAGCUUGGGCGCAGUUGGAUGCGGAAGAGCGUAUUUGGAGUCAUCAGGCUGUUAAUGGAGUGUCUGCUAAUGUAAAUGUAAUUUAAAGGAUUGGCCCCCUUUGGUUUCAGCGCGCCUGGGAGCUACUUACUGUGCUCUUCCCCUCGCUUCCUACGCUCGCCCCUGCACUGAAGAGGCACUAACGUGUCCCCUUGCUAAAGCAGUUCCAGGAAACUAAUAACUUGACCCUGUUGACUCACGCUGCCUGGAAAAAGUGGUUAUUUUGAUGAGAAUCUGUGGCUUUUCCAAGCCCCACAGCUGCAGCAGGUGCUCGCACAGGGCUGCCCGCUUGGCUCGCCGCAGGUAAAACCCAUCUGACCUCGUCAGCAGUAGUUUAAUGCUGCUGGCAUGGGUUGAGGAGCAACUCUUUGCUGGCCCAGCUUGUUGAAACCAGUAGCUGAGCUGGUCGACUUGAGAUGGCAGCGAAUUUGGACAGGGAGAAGCGAUGAGCAGCCAGGUCACCCGAAGAGGCAGGCGAAGCAACCAGCCAAGGACACGGACACAUCACCCAGCGACGCCAGGGGCUUUCAGGAAGGCACUUCAGCAGCCAACAACCACCUCGUCAUCAUCUCUCUUCAUACCCGAUCCCGAGUCACGAGGAUGUACGAAAAUCCCUCCUCUCAUUCACGUUCCUGCGUCUCUGCCCUAUGGAGAAGCCUGAAGCUGCAACUCCUGCUAAAGGUUCACCUAAUAGAAAACAAAAAAGAAUCUAACAUACUUUUUUAUUUCCAUUAUUUUAAGCUAAUUGUCAUGAUUUUGUCGAGGUGAGAAAAACGAUCUACGCGUGAGCUCAAGAUUACUGAAUUGGAUGGGAAUUAAAUGCAUGCUUCAGUAAUUUCCUGAAACGUGGUCUCUGUGACUAUUAAUGGAUAAAUGCUUGCAAUUUUUAAUGAACUAUGGUAUGUAGCAAAAACAAAAAUACUACCAGCACAAGCUCUUAUACUUA